CGGCGCGGGGAGGGCCGGAGGCCGGCGCCGCGGCGGGGCGGGCGGGGAGGGCCGCGGAGCGAAUGGCGGCCGGCGCCCCGUAGCAGCGGUUCGACGGUCCGGGUCCCCGGGCGGGCGGAGGCGGCGGCGGCGCCCGGGACCGGCCGCGCGCAAUGAUGUGGUCCACUGGGCAUGUACUGACCACUGUGGCAGGUCUGAGCACAUAGCUGAAGCUGAAAAUAGGAAAGCUGGGGGCAAGGAAGAGCCUUGAAUCUUGAGGUGGGACGUUGACUCUAAGAUGUCCUUGAGCAGUGGAGCCUCCGGAGGGAAAGGAGUGGAUGCGAACCCGGUUGAGACAUACGACAGUGGGGAUGAAUGGGACAUUGGAGUAGGGAACCUCAUCAUUGACCUGGACGCCGAUCUGGAGAAGGACCAACAGAAACUGGAAAUGUCAGGCUCAAAGGAGGUGGGGAUCCCGGCUCCCAAUGCCGUGGCCACACUACCCGACAACAUCAAGUUUGUGACCCCAGUGCCAGGUCCUCAAGGGAAGGAAGGCAAAUCCAAAUCCAAAAGGAGUAAGAGUGGCAAGGACACUAGCAAGCCCACUCUGGGGACUUCCCUGUUCACGCCCAGUGAGGGAGCAGCUAGCAAGAAAGAGGUGCAGGGACGCUCGGGAGACGGUGCCAAUGCAGGAAGCCUGGUUGCUGCUAUUGCUCCCAAGGGCUCAGAGAAGGUGGCUAAGGCAUCCCGCAGUGUAGCUGGCUCCAAAAAGGAGAAGGAGAACAGCUCAUCUAAGAGCAAGAAGGAGAGAAGCGAAGGAGUGGGAACUUGCACAGAAAAGGAUCCUGGGGUCCUCCAGCCAGUGCCCCUGGGAGGACGGGGUGGGCAGUAUGACGGAAGUACCGGGGUGGACACGGGAGCUGUGGAGCCUCUCGGGAGUAUAGCUCUUGAGCCUGGGGCCGCACUCAACCCUUUGGGAACUAAGCCGGAGCCUGAGGAAGGGGAGAAUGAGUGUCGCCUGCUAAAGAAAGUCAAGUCUGAAAAGAUGGAAUCCCCUGUCUCCACACCAGCGGUGCUGCCUCUACACCUUUUGGUGCCAGUGGUCAAUAGUGACAUCUCCUCCCCUUGUGAGCAGAUCAUGGUUCGGACCCGAUCUGUUGGGGUCAACACAUGUGAUGUGGCUUUAGCCACAGAGCCAGAGUGCCUGGGCCCCUGUGAACCUGGGACAAGCGUCAACCUUGAGGGUAUCGUGUGGCAGGAAACAGAAGAUGGGAUGUUGGUGGUGAAUGUAACGUGGAGAAAUAAGACAUACGUAGGUACACUUCUAGACUGCACCAGGCAUGAUUGGGCACCUCCCAGGUUCUGUGACUCCCCUACCAGUGACUUAGAAAUGCGCAAUGGCCGGGGCAGGGGCAAGCGUAUGCGUCCCAACAGCAACACGCCUGUCAGUGAGGCCGCCACCGCCUCAGACAGCAAAGGUAGCAGCAGCAGCAGCAAAACCCGGGCAGGCGCCAACAGCAAAGGCCGCCGGGGCAGCCAGAAUUCCUCUGAGCAUCGCCCGCCUGCCAGCAGCACCACUGAGGAGGUCAAGGCCAGCCCUUCCUCGGCGAAUAAGCGGAAAAACAAGCCUCUCUCUGACAUGGAGCUGAAUUCCAGCUCAGAGGACUCCAAGGGGAACAAACGUAUCCGCACGAAUUCCAUGGGGUCAGCCACUGGCCCCCUCCCUGGGACCAAGGUGGAACCCGCCGUUGUAGACAGAAACUGUCCCUCCCCCGUCCUCAUUGACUGUCCCCACCCAAACUGCAACAAGAAGUACAAGCACAUCAAUGGACUCAAGUAUCACCAAGCUCAUGCCCACACUGACGACGACAGCAAGACAGAAGCGGACGGGGACAGUGAGUGCGGGGAGGAACCAGGUCUCCACACGGAGAUCGGCAGCUGCAAUGGUGCGUCUGUGGCACAAAAAGGCUCCCUGUCCCCAGCCCGCUCCGCCACCCCCAAAGUCCGACUCGUCGAGCCCCACAGCCCUUCUCCGUCUGGCAAGUUCAUCACAAAAGGCCUCUGCAAGAAGAAGCUGAGUGGGGAGGUGGACCCUGACCUCGGGGCCUCCUCCAACGACGGCUCAGACGAUGGGCCCGCUGUCAUGGACGAGACCAGCAGUGAUGCCUUCGACUCCACGGACAGGAAGUGUUUGGAAAAGGAGAAGUGUAAGAAACCCGCCAGUCUGAAGGCAGAAAAGAUGCCUGCCAAGAGCUUGAAGGCAGCCCGGCCCAUCGCCCCCGCCCUCCCGCCGCAGCAGGUGUAUGCCUUCCAGACCGCCGCCUUCACGGCCGCCAGCCCCGGCUCCUCCUCUGGCCUGGCCACCACCGUGGUCCAGGCCAUACCCAGCAGCCCCCAGCUCAAGCCCAUCCAGCCGAAGCCCACCGUAAUGGGGGAGCCCUUCGCUGUCAGCCCCACCCUGACGCCUGCCAAGGACAAGAAGAAGAAGGACAAAAAGAAGAAGGAGAGUGCCCGGGAGCUGGAAAGCCCUCUGACGCCUGGUAAGGCCUGUCGCACAGAGGAAGGCAAAAGCCCGUUCCGGGAAGCGGCAGGAGAUGGGAUGAAAGUGGAGGGACUCCUCAACGGGUCCUCAGACCCCCACCAGAGCCGCCUGGCAAGCAUCAAGGCUGAAGCGGAUAAGAUCUACAGCUUCACCGACAAUGCCCCCAGCCCUUCCAUCGGAGGCAGCAGCCGCCUGGACAGCACCACCCCCACCCAGCCGAUGACACCCUUACAUGUUGUGACCCAGAACGGGGCCGAGGGCAGCUCUGUCAAAACCAGCAGCCCCGCAUACUCCGACAUUUCUGACGCCGGGGAGGACGGGGAGGGCAAAGUGGACAGCAUCAAAUCCAAGGACCCUGAGCAGCUGGUCAAGGACUGUGCUAAGAAAACCCUCUUCCCCACUCAGCCCCCGAGCAAAGACUCACCCUAUUACCAAGGCUUUGAGAGUUAUUACUCGCCCAGUUACGCACAGUCGAGCCCAGGUGCUCUGAACCCCAGCGGCCAGGCAGGAGGGGAGAACCAGGCUGUGAAGACAAAGAAGGACGAGGAGCCUGAGAGCGGGGAGGGCAAGGGGAAGACCGACCCGGGCGAAGAGAAGAAGCCGGAGCUGAGCGGCUCCAGCCAGCAGCCGUCCGUCAUCCAGCAGCGCCCCAACAUGUACAUGCAGUCCCUGUACUACAACCAGUACGCCUACGUUCCCCCCUACGGCUACGGUGACCAGAGCUACCACGGCCACCUGCUCAGCACCAGCACGGCCUACCGGCAGCAGUACGAGGAGCAGCAGAAGCGCGGGCUGGACAAGAAGCCGGAGCUGGGCCUGAAGGAGCGCGAGGCUGCGCUCAAGGAGGAGUGGAAGCAGAAGCCGUCGGCCCCGCCCACACUCACCAAGGCCUCCAGCCUGACGGAUCUGGUCAAGGCGGGGCCCGGCAAGGCCAAGGAGCCAGGCACUGACCCCACCAAGUCAGUCAUCAUUCCCAAGCUGGACGAAGCAUCCAAACUGCCCAUCCAGGGCCCCGAGGGACUUAAAGUGAAGCUGAGUGAGGCCGGCCACCUUGGCAAGGAGACCCCUGAGGCCAAGGUCGGUGCCGAGUGUGGGAGACAGGCAGAAGUGGACCCGGUCCUCUGGUACCGGCAGGAAGCAGAGCCCCGGAUGUGGACCUAUGUGUAUCCUGCCAAGUACUCGGACAUCAAGUCAGAGGAUGAGCGGUGGAAGGAGGAACGGGACCGCAAACUGAAGGAGGAGCGGGGCCGGAGUAAGGACGCUGUCCCCAAGGAAGACAGCAAGGAAAGCACAAGUAGUGACUGCAGCAAGCUGCCCGCUACCGAGGAGGCCCGCCUCGGGGGCAAGGAGCCCCGGCCCAGCGUGCACGUGCCUGUGUCAUCCCCCCUCACUCAGCACCAGUCCUACAUCCCCUACAUGCACGGCUACUCCUACAGCCAGUCCUACGACCCGAGCCACCCCAGCUACCGGGGCCUGCCCGCCGUCAUGAUGCAGAACUACCCAGGUUCCUACCUGCCUUCCAGCUACUCUUUCUCCCCGUACGGCAGCAAGGUGUCAGGGGGAGAAGAGGCAGACAAGGCCCGUGCCAGCCCCAGUGUCAGCUGUAAGCCCAGCUCCGAGUCCAAAGCCCUGGACAUCCUGCAGCAGCACGCCAGCCACUACAAGAGCAAGUCCCCCACGAUAAGUGAUAAAUCGUCUCAGGAGAGAGACCGGGGAGGCUGUGGGGUGGUAGGAAGCAGCGGCAGCUGCAGCAGCGUCGGGGGUGCAAGUGGCAGUGAACGGAGCGUGGACCGGCCCCGCACCUCCCCUUCCCAACGCCUCAUGUCCACGCACCACCACCACCACCACCUGGGUUACUCGCUGCUCCCGGCACAGUACAACCUGCCCUACGCCACAGGGCUUUCCUCCACAGCCAUUGUCGCCAGCCAGCAAGGCCCGACUCCUUCUCUCUACCCACCCCCCAGGAGGUGAGAAUGACCACCAAGUGCCCGGACACAGUCAGCUUCACGGGCCCAGAUCGGCCCACCCAAGGAGGUGCUCGAGGUGCCACUUAGACAUCAGUUAAAUGGUGUUGAUCUUCCUGUUUGGCGUUCCUGCCCUGGCCAGAGGCAGACCCUCAGCUAUCCCGCCUCCACCAGACCCCUGGACUCUGACCCGCCUCUUCCUCAGGAGCUGGAGAGCUGGUUCUUAGCAAAAAUAUUUAUUCUCUUGGCCACAGUCGUGAGUGGUGUGGCCUCUGGAGCCACCAGGGCAGCAGGGCCUCUGCCCCGCAAAGUCACUGCUCUGUUCCCCAAGUCCUUGGCAGUGCCCCGGAGGGCCCGGUGCUGGGUCAGGUCUGAAGACAGCACAGCAGCCACUACCAGAUCCCGUGUCCCUCCUCGGUGGAGCCCCGGGAGCUGACCACACGUGGAAGAAUUAGAAUCUCAGGAAAGAAGUUGGGGGGCUGUUUUCUCUGUCUUGGUGAAAAUAAGGCCUUCUGACUCGAAGGCUUCUCCCCUCUGACAUGAGCACAUAGGCAUGCUGGUCGCUGCACCUGGAUGGAAGUCCCCAGAUAACCCCCAGAAGGCCUGGGUACCGUCAGGCAGGGGGGCCUUGGGAGCGUGGGAGCACUGGAGCUGGAGCGUGGACGGAGCCUGUGGAAAAGCACCUGCAUCCCCACCGCAUCCUGCUGCUUCUUAGCCUUCAACUGCGCACCCUCCUCUCCCCCCUCCUGGUCCCUCCUGGUGCCUUUCCCAGAGGUCCCCACACUUGCUCUCUCUCUCUUCAGCUGCUCGGCUCCUGAGCCUCGGGCAGAACAGGGAGCUCAGAGCUGGCCAGGCCAGGCCCUCUCCGCCGUGUGAGCUGUUUCUCUGGGACCCCAUCUUCUAGGGGCCACUGCCUGGGGUCUCUGUGAUCCCUUCACCCUGGGGGCUGCUUCUCCGCCCUCCCAUCCCAAGCUCUCCGAGCUGCCGAAUGUUGGGUUCAGCGGGGAGCCAUAGCUCUCUGCGCCUGUGCUCUUGUCCUUUGUCCUCCUGUUUUGGCUUGACCUUCGGGCCAGGUCCCAUCUGAUGCCAGAGAUGGGCGUUGAGGCUGGAGAGCACAGGGACUGGGCCCCACAGCGCAGCUUCAAAGAGCCAUGGGGUCCCUCCAGCCCUCCCCCGCAGUUCCCACAUCUUCGUUUUUGUCCAGUUUGGGUUCUGAGCCCUCCCCAGCCCCCUGUGCCCCGGCUGUGUGGGGGACAGGCUUCUGAGCAGCAUGGAAGUCGUCAUGGUGCAGACAGCUUGACCCACUUGAGUCAGGGGGCGACUGAGUUUCAGCCUGGUGUGGCCCUCCAGGUUCUGUCCCGGUUGUUUUCAAUAUCAUUGUGUGUUUUGUGCCCGUAGCACUGCUCUGUACAUACUGUAAAGACCCCAGCCUUGGCCGAGCCGUCUGCUUCCCUUGCACCCGUCCACUUGGGGACCGGGGCAGCCUCGGUCGGCCGAGGGACCAGCCCUUUUAUUUUCCCUGAAGAAACAGUUCUCGGAUCCUGGCUCACUCGGGCCAAGAGCCGUGACACAGUGGCCUGGUAUGCAGACACUGAGCGAAGGACUUGCUGUCCUUCCCGGAGGGAGCAGGACCCCGUGCAUGAGACCUGUGACCUGGUCCGGGGAGCCCCAACCGCAUCCCACAAGAACAGUGGGAGAGUCGGACCCAGACCACCAGGUCCAGGCUCUCUGAGCCCCCUCUCAGCCCACCCGAGUUCCAGAGAAGGCGCCACCCUGGGGAAGAGCCUUGCCUCGAGGCCCUCAGAUGCUCAGGCCGUUGUCCUCUUCAUGCCUUCUCUGUCCUCCCUCCCUGAGACGGGGCCACGGCACCUUGUGAAGAGAAAAGUCGUUCUUGCAUCUCCGCUUUCCAAGGCAGGGUGGCGGGCUGGGCUCCACAGAAGGGCUAAAGUCACUGUGGGCUUUGAGGUCACCUGUCACUGUCUCAUGUCCCCUGCCCCCAUUUUGCUUUCCAUUCUGUUGCUCCCCAGACUCAACCAGGCAGCUAGUUGGCCCCACAGUUCUGGACCUUUGUCAUUUGCUUUCUCACUAGGGCACCCCAGGGAGCUUCCCAGUGACUCUCUGCCACAGGCCCUCCCAAGCCCUGUCCCCAGGCCCCUCCUGCCCCAGCCCACCCGCUUGCCUUGGUGCUCAGCCCCCUUUGGGGACAGGUUGGGGCGAGCUGGAGGCCCGGGCUGGAGGGGCGGUGUUACUGUUCAUAGCUUUUGUUCCAUUGGCGUUGCUCUGUUGCAUUUAAUUUCAGUCUUCCUGAUUCUUCCCUUCUGUAAAGUGUACAUUACAAGUUCCUUGUUUUUUUUUUAUAUAUAUAUAUGUAUAUAUAUAUAUAAAUAUAUAUAUAUACAAACUGUACUCUUUUUGCCUUUGUACAUUCAGGCAAGAAGAGAAAAUAAAUCUUUUUAAGAGACAAUCACAAAUCUGUGAGGGCUGCUGGUUAUUUCUCCUGGAGUCGCUGCUGAGCCGCCUCCUUUCUUCACCAUUCCCUUCCCUUCCCUUCCCCGCCGCCUGCCUCCCCCCUC